GAAAAGUCUCGCUCGUUUCAUUUGCGCUCUCUGUUUAGUGCAGAUCGAUCUUUCGCAAGUGAUAGUUGUGUGAGGAUAUAUUACGGUUAAACAAAAUAACGGGUAAUAUAAAGGAAAACUCAUUGUGGUUUCAUUUGGCUUAUAGCUUAAAGGGUUAAAACUUAAAUCUAAUAAAGGAAGAUGAAGCAUCAAUUUAUAAUUUUUGUAAUAGUGUACUAUAUGUGUACUGAAGUUGAUGGACGUUAUGUUCAGCAACAUGAGACAAAUAGAAAAAUAAGUGAUAAUAUUGAAAGAAAACAUCCCAGUCAUAGCCCUGAACGACAUUCACGAAAUCGCAGACAAUCCUAUUUUUCAAAUGAUCCGGAUUACAUGAGAUUAUACAGAAAUAAUAGAUUGGAUGACUAUCUUACAGACAUGACCUUUUCUAUUAGAGACAUAGCGGCUAGUCUGAACCAUUUAACAAGAAAUAAUCAAUAUAAUCCUUUUAAUUAUGACAGAAGAGAAUAUAGUUGUAAUUGCGAUGAAUCGAUACGUAAAUUAUUAUCCAUAGUUGAAGAGCUUGCAUCACGCGCAAAAAAUCCGCCCUCACCGCCACCACCACCGUCCAUCCAGGUUGUAUACAUUCCAUAUCCAGUUACGGAAAAUAUCAAAGAGAAACCAAAACAAAAUAUAACCAUUAAACCUAGAAUAGACGUUGAUGAUCCCAACAUGAUCUGGAUGAAUUCUCCAAGGAAAGUUGUAGAUGAGUCUGAAGAAGAAGACGAUGGUUCAAGACCGGUCUUAUUUAAACCAAUCGCUUCGAAGAAAUCUGUUGUUACAUCUUCCCCAUUUGAAAAAAGAAGCUACGAAGAAGAGAUACAGAGAACAACUUCGAAACCACUGGAAAAUGAUCCAUGUGAGGGAGCUAUAUUACAUUGUUGCGGAAUGCAAAACGAUGAAUUGAAGAAAUGCUUUGCUAAUUAUAAUUGUUCGAACACUUUCAACACUAGAAAAGCUUGUAAUCCUCAGAAUGUAAAUAUGGUUCUAGAAAAAAUAUCAAGCAUGUAUGGACCCGUCAAUGAAUCUUAGGAACUGAAAUAUUUAUUAUUGCUUACAUCAGUCAGUAUAUUUAGAACUGUAAUUGCUACUUAUUUUAUUGUAAAAAAUGUUCAGCAAAUUCAAGCAUCGAGACAGCUAUGUAUGUAGGUACAAAUAAAUGUACAUAAUUAGAUUAACUAAAAUUAUGCAAGUCUAUGGGUGACUUUAAAAAUAUAUGAAUGUUCCUUUUAAUUCUAGCAACCAAAUCACUUUCUAUUAUGUAAGUUGUAAUAUUUUUAUAAGUGAUGUUUUUAGAAUGUUAAGAAAAUUUUUGUAUGUGAUGAUUGCGUCUGCAUCUUCGGUGCCAAUUUUUUUUUUAUAUUGCUAUUAUAACUGCUGCUAAAUCCAGACUAGACUAUCAGUGUUAUAAUGUUGUUAUAAGUAACUACUUAUAGGAGCUUUGUAGUUAUAAGUUCUGCAAACAUCCAUUUAAAAUACUUUUCAGUUCUAUAUUAAUUCACGAAUUCGAGGAUGAAUGUUGUAGAUUGAUUUGGUAAGAAUUUCUUCAAUUUUGUAAAACAAAAAACAGGAAUGUCCGUCCCAUAACGUUCUUCAGUUAAUUCUCAUAAUUUAAGGCAUUUAAAAUGAAUGGUAUUCUAUACAGCUGUAGCAAUAUUUUUUUUACAGUUAUUAUUAUAAUGUUAAGUAUUUAUUAAUAAAAAUAAAGUCAAUUUUCGUAUACGAUUUUAA